GUCUGUUUCUCUGAUAAACGGCGUCGUGUGAAGAUUGGGAGACACAAACCUCUCGUUUCAGAGUUUGUCGUCAAAGAUGGGGAGACACUUUCUUCUUCCUUCCUUCUUCCUCGUGAAACUCUUUAUUUGUUUUUUUUAGGAAACAGAGUCACUAUGAAUCGGCGCAUUAUACUUUAGAGUCUCUGAUGAGUUUCAUCGCUCUGCAAUCUUGGAACAGAGGAGGUUCAACUUCUAUCCAUUACCUUCCUCCAGUAUAGGGAAGAAAGGUAGAGCCUUUGGAUCAAUUGUGGAAAAUGGGAAAGUUCUCCUUUUUACUUUGCUUCAACGACGCCGUAAUGAGUCGGAAACGACGAGGGCCUCUCGUUUCACAGAAUUGAAAAGUCUUAUCUUUUGACUUGCGGUGGUGUGUCUUAUCAGCCAUGGCAAAGAGGAGAACGAUCUCUCUCUUUUUCCUCCUUCUUAUGUGCCUGUCUAUAAACAGAGUCUCCCUGAAACGAAACCCGACUCUUAAAAACUCCAUUGGAAAAGCUUUUGUCCUGUUUUGAUAUCCAUGGCUAUACCUCCUUGCUUAAAGACUGGAGUUUUGAAGUCUCCGGCCAUCGGAUUUAAUCUUACCGGCAGUCUUAUGAAGUCGGAAGACAGUGGCUUUGCCGUUCCGACAAAGUCAAAGAGUAUUCGAAAAGUUGAUCGGGAAAGAUUGAGAAUCCAAGCUGUUUUCAGCUUUCCUCCUGUGUUUCUGACAAAAAAGGGUCGAGCCGAGAAGCAGAAACAGCUCAAACAGGAACUUCUUGAAGCCAUUGAGCCUCUUGAACGUGGUGCCACCGCCACGCCUGAUGAUCAGCUUCGGAUUGAUCAGUUAGCACGUAAGGUGGAGGCAGUAAACCCAACCAAAGAGCCUCUGAAGUCUGAUUUAAUCAAUGGGAAAUGGGAGCUCAUUUACACAACCUCUGCUUUACGUUUGCAAGCAAAGAAACCAAGGUUCUUAAGAUCAAUAACCAACUACCAAUCUAUAAAUAUGGACACACUAAAGGUGCAAACCAUGGAGACUUGGCCUUUCUAUAACUCGGUAACUGGAGACUUGAAACCCCUCAAUUCAAAGAAGGCUGUUGUGAAACUCCAAGUGUAUAAGAUUCUUGGAUUUAUUCCUGUAAAAGCACCUAAUGAUAGUGUACGCGGUGAACUAGAGGUUACCUAUGUGGACGAGGAACUACGGAUAUCAAGGGGUAAAGGCAACUUGUUGUUUAUAUUGAAGAUGUUCGAUCCCACUUAUCGGAUCCCUCUCUGAUCGAAAAUAUGGUUCUGAGCCAUCAUACAUAGAUUUAUUUUAGAUUACACAUGAAGAGAGAUAGAAAAAGACGAGCUUUUGUAAACGUUUCAACUUGUUCUGAUUGAAAUAAAGAAAGAAAGGAUCCAUGUAUCUUUAUUGAAAAAUGGGUUACUGUAAGCAAUACAAAUUUGGGUGUGUUUUUUUUUUCCUUGUGUGUGUUUGUUAUCAAAGAUAGUCUUGAGGCGAUUACUUCUUC